CUAGCUUCUCUCUCGAGCAGCUCCUUUCCCAUAAGAAAAAAAAAUCCGAUCUGUUCAUUCACCUCUCACCAUGAAUUCUUUGGCCAUUAGCUGCUUCGUCCUCUUCUUGCUGCUCAACGGCGCAAGCCGUGUGGCGGAGUCCCGAGCGGUGGCCGCCGGCGACUUGUCGUCCCAGCGGCGCCACCGUCACCACGGCCACCAUCAUGAUAUCGAUAGCCCCCCUACUGAUGAUGAUGGUGAUACCGAUAGCCCCCCUUCUGAUGAUGAUGAUGAUACCGAUAGCCCCCCUGCUGAUGCCAAGCCCAAGAAGCUGUUGGUGUUCGGGGACGACUUCGCCGACACCGGCAACGGCGACUCGGACCCCCAACUCGGCUACGGCUCCCGCUCGUGGCGCUCCCCCUUCGGCAUGUCGGACACGGCGCACGGCAGGCAGCCGAGCGGCCGCUUCUCCGACGGCCUGGUGCAGCCGGACUUUCUGGCCAAGAUCAUGGGCCGCAGCGAGUCACCCCCGCCCUACACGUACGACGACUGGGACGACGGCAUCGACGCCGCCGGCCUGAACUUCGCCGUCGGCGGCUCCGUCGCGCUGGAUACGCCGGCGGGCGUGCCCAAGCUCAGGGCGCAGGUCCAGCAGCUGAGGAACCUGAUCAGGGACGGCGUGGUCGAGCGCAAGGACCUGAGGGACUCGGUGGCGCUCCUCGCCUACUCCGGCGACGACUACGCAUACGCCAAUAACGACGCGAUAAACGAUACGAUAUCGAAGGUGAUCGAUGAGGUGGCGAGCAUCGUGUCGGAUCUGCAGGACCUGGGCGUCCCCAAGGUCCUGGUGAACACGGUGAUCUCGUACGGCUGCACGCCGUGGCUGACGAGGCAAUCCAGCGACCCCUACAGCUCCUGCGACGACAGCCGCAACUGGGUCUCCGAGGUGCACAACACGGCGCUCCGUGACCGGCUGGGCGGCGAGGAGGACGUGAUGCUCCUGGACGUGAACAGCGUGGUGAGGGACCUGGUGGAGCCCAAGGAAGGGUCGACGCUCUACGGGAAGCAGUUCAAGGAGCGCCUCCGGCCCUGCUGCGAGGCCAACGACGAAGACGCCGGCGACUACUGCGGCCUCGACGGGCGCUACUCGCUCUGCGAACACCCGGAGGAGUACUUCUUCUGGGACAACGAGCACCCCACGCAGGCCGGAUGGAGGGCUGUCAUGCAGCUGCUCCAGGGCCCAAUCAUGGCGUUCCUCGGAGUCUCCAACCUCGAGCACUUCUGAUGGCCAUCGAUCGAUUGGAAUAACAGAAAUGGACGAGAAGAUUUGGAUAAGAUAGUUUCGGUUAGUCAGUUCGGAUUAGGUGCCUAGCUAGCUAGCAGUUUAGGGAAUAAACAAUUCUUCGUCCAUGCUUAUUGGUGGUUCAGGUUUUGGUGUCAACUGUGUUGACAAUGCUGGCACACCAUCUUAAUAUAUCUUGUUCG